UUAUCUGAAACGCAUGGCCGCAAUGUGCCGCCUGUCAAAGCAGUACAGAUUACCUGCCAGGCGCUUGGCCUCAUGGUCGUUGUCUCGCAGCCAUUCCACCUGCAGGAAAAGACAGACAGAGGGAGGCCGUCCGAUGUCCCACGUCCUCAGCAAUGUGUUACGUACCACUUCGGUGACAUUAUUUUCGUCGACGAUGAGAUACUCGUGGCCCGGGCGAGCCGCGGCGUAGAAGAACUCAAUGGCGGGAUUCGCCCACCUCAAAACAGUCGCACCUAAUGGGGUACGUCAUUAUACAUCAUGUCGUCCGGUGUGACUUACGGAAGUGCUGUUUUCGUCUCACCAAGUCCCAUGAUGUGUUGCAGGUGUCUAGAGUAUGUGUUGGCGAGCUUGCCGGGCAUCGACAACACGUAUUUGAAGUCCGCAACAUGCGAAAUGUUUGCUGAACUGCCAAGGACUUCUCCGCUCGACACGCGAACGAGGUCUUCGUCGCUGAACAUGUGCAAAUCAGCCUAUAAGAUAAAAGUUUGCGGACGUUGCACACCGGUGUCUUGCACUAUUUGCCUGCCCACCCAUUGUUUGAUGACAUCGGCGUUUGGCUGCUGUCCGUCCACCCAGGCGACAUCGAACACAUCUUGCCGACGCGACGCCGUCAACACCAACUUAGCACGUUCAAUGCCACUGAAAUACGGACUGAACAACGAAUGCGCAUGGACAAGCGUGCAGGCAAUCCAGAGCCAGACGUUGUUUUUACCCGCAUGUUCCCCGGUAGAAUGCCUUGGUCGUUCUCCUUUGCCAUGGGUGCGACACGGCGAGCCGCAUCAGCUCCUCCGCCCUGUCGCCCCACAGAGGCUGCAUGAUGUAUCGCUGGCCCUCGGUAGUGUUAGACGCAGACGUGAGAGCACCGAAAUAGAUAUUCGGUGUCAAGAUGCACCCUGCAGAUGACAGGCACAUGACACGAAAUAUCUUGUGCAUGUCCGGCCUACCUGGCAUUUCCUGCAUGCGUUUGACUGGGUCAUCGCGCGUCGAUCGCGUCAUGCACAGGGCGGGGAGGGCCUUCCAGUUGAGGGAGUAGCGCUUCGUGUGCACCUCCUGGUGACGGUGGUAGUGUAGGUGCCCAUGAGUCCUCCUCACACGAGCCCGCAUACGCCUCAGGCUGACCCUGUGACUCGGCCCAUGUGCGCUGGUUCGCGUCGCGUUGGUGGCCAGCAGGACUGUGUCAGAGCCCCCUUUGCCAGCAUGCUGCUCAUUGUCGGAUCUCAGGUAGCAGUUGCGUCCUACGAUCGAAAAGCCGAUGAACAGAGGCGUUCUGUCCGUCUGGUAUCAAGUCGAAUACCAUCUUGUGUCGGGUCGAAGAGGAACAUCAUGUCAGGGAAAUCAUACUGCAAAACACGCAGACGCAUGACCGUCAUGUGAUGGAUCUUAUUCAUUCAGCUGCCUAUGUACCUCUUGCACAAGACUUCGCAUUGUUUCGUCAAACAGGGUGAACCUGAAUAUCUGGUUGCCGUAGAAGUCGUGCACCUGACGGCGAGAGUCACUUCGGAGACCAGUGGAUAUGCGUAUUCAUGUCGCUUCUUCAGUCACCUUAGAGUCAGGCAGAUAGUAGAUCCCUCCCUACCAUGCCCACAUUGCACCAUCCCCGCAACGGGCAUGAAGUUGCACGUUGCGCCGUUUGCGUGUACCUUAUAGAUGUAGACCGCCGCAUGCUGACCUGUCCGCGUCCCUGUAAGACAACAGCACGGAGGCAACAGAUCAUCCCCUUCUUUCCGUAAAUCACCGCAGUAUUCCAGGUCAUCCUGUGAGAUUUCCGCGGAUGCAGAUGAACGGAAUGGGUGGAUCUGCUGGUGAAUCUCCUCGUCAAGUACGUGCCUACAUCACUCAGUCAUAUCCAUUCCGUCGCGUCCGUUUGUCCUCCCACCUCAUUCUUUCCUUACCAGGCCGGAUGGGCAGUGACGAGGCCUAAGCCUAUGAAUGCAAUCGUGAGAAGUCGACUCAUAGUGUCAUAUGGAUGGAUCUUUAGUGCCUCGAAAAAC